UGUAUUUUAAGGCAUUGAAUAAUUGCCUCUGUGUCAGCCGCCUUGAGUCUCCUUUGGGGUAGAGAAAGACGGGGUAUAAAUAGUGCAAAUACAUAAAUAAAUAAACUUUGAUUCAGCUUAUUCUGAAAAAAAAUCAGCUUUACAUCCAACAGCCAUACACAAAUAUGUAUGAGUUGCUCUAAAAGGCACAUCUGCAACAGUGGGUUGAAAAAUCAACCUUUUUUUGUUGUAGAUGUAAGGAGUUCGAUCACAUAAGAUCAGCUUUCAUAAUUAUUAUUCAAUGACAUUCUGGAGAUUCUUGCUUUGUCAGAUUCUGGCUUUUAGCCAAGGAGCAUACAUUCACGCCAGUGAGUCAAUAUUUUCAAUCAAUAUGUCUAUCAAUAUGUCUCCUUUGAGUUGGGUAUGUUAUGAAAACUGCUGUGAUUUUUAUCCUGGCACUUCUGUUAUGCCUCUGAUGACUGCCAGCAUGGUAAUCAAAGAAGCAUGUGUUUCACCUUGAUUUUAGUUGGGUCCUUUAACAUAGUAUUGCUUUGUUUAUAGGGUAUUACUAGUUCUAUACAUACCUGCAAUUUCUCUAACUUCAGUUCUUUCCUUCUCCCCAAAACAGCAAAAGUCUUGAAAAAUCCUGCUUUGAGAUGGAGUGUAGAGAUCCAAGCCUUGUGGAGAUUCAUGACUCAGAUGAUGGUGGAACGGCAAAGAGAGUCUAUGUAGUUGACAAAAGUGGAGUGAGCGAGGGCGAGGAAGAUGACCACAUGGAGCACAAAACCAUCCAGCCUGGUAUCCACCAUGGACAAUCCUCUUGGAAGGCCAGUUCGCAGCAAGGUUCAGCGAUAGAACGGCAAGGGGGCCUGCUACCUCCUGGCAGCUACUGUGAGGGUGAGGCAGCGGUUGCAGCCAACAUGGUUUCACGAUCCAGCAAGCAGCGCCCUUUCAUCUGUAAUGAGUGUGGCAAGAGCUUCAGUCACUGGUCGAAACUGCUACGGCACCAGCGCACACACACAGGUGAGCGGCCCAGCACCUGCACUGACUGUGGCAAGAGUUUCUCGCAGAACUCGCACUUGGUUCAGCACCGCCGCACGCACACUGGUGAGAAGCCCUAUGUUUGCCGCGAUUGUGGCAAGAGCUUCAGCUGGAGCUCCAACCUGAUCCAGCACCAGCGCAUCCAUACAGGGGAGCGGCCUUACACCUGUGGGGACUGUGGCCGCAGCUUCACCCAAAGCAAAAACCUGGCCAAGCACCGGCGGACACACACAGGAGCCCGGCCAUUCCGUUGUCCUGAGUGCGGGAGAGGCUUUGCACACACGGCUGGCCUGGUCAAACACCAGCGCCUUCGUCAUGACACAGAUUCUCCCAUAGGUCACCCCUGUCCAGAAUGCGGCCAACGCUUCCGCGCCCCAUCCGAAGUAGAACGUCACCGGGUUGCUCACCAUGGUGUCGCCCCAUCCGAGCCCUUCAUAUGUGUGGAGUGUGGAGAGUGUUUCACUAAAAGUACCACAUUGGUCCGUCACAAGCGAGUGCACAAGCCCAUCUUCGUGCGUUAAAACGUUUAAUCCCUCUGGGGGAUGAGCAUUCUUAACCGCGUCUGGUGAGGUUUACAGCCUAGAGUGUACGGGCUGGGGGGCCAAAGUGAGUCUCUAACGGCAACCUGUGUCUUGCUUGGGCAGACCAAAGGCUCUGUUAGACCCACCAUACAAGACCACUAAGCAGUGGCAAGGGAAGGAGGGAGGAAGUUGGACUUCAGCCAUGUGAUAUACGAUGGAGAUUGCUUUGAAGGCAAGAUUUUGAUUGCAUUUAGUCAAGACCAAAUGCAAUCUCCCUUUUGAGAAUAUACAGGUACUGCUACUGUACAUAACAUUGAGGUGGGAGUAUUCUUUAGAUAGAAGCCAUAGUAGAAAGCCUCAAGGAGAGGAGGAAAGAGCUUCAGACAAAAGUAAGGCUUCUUGGCACUUUGGUGGACAAAUGGACUCUCAUUGGAGAGAGAGUACUAUGCAGAAAAACUGAGUUCCCUCAAGGAAGGAGCAAGGAAAAGAAAAGAAAAGAAAAGAAAAGAAAAGAAGGAAAGAGAGGACAAAUAAUAUAGGUGGGGACGAGAGGUUGGAAUCAACCUUGUAAAAUAAAUUAUUGUGUACCCCCUAUCUCAAAGUGCCAGUCUCUCUCUCUCUUUCUCUCACUAACCACUUCUUGUUUCAUACAUUUCUGACUAAGAGGAGCUGUUCAAAAGACAAAAGAAAAUCAGUGGACCAAAUUCCGAAAAGAUAACAUUGCACAGCUGAAAAGGCUAUAAAUAGAUAGACCAAGGCCCAUAAUUUGAAAGUAAGAAAUGAAAAAGAAUGGGUUAUUGCAA